AUGCAUGUUUGUUAUCAGAAUCUCAAACUCAUUUUUGGCAUUGUAGAUGGAGAGCGAGCGUCGUUAAUCAGGAGAAUUAAGAAAACUAAAGUGACCCCGGGUAUAAAACAGAUCACGUGUCGAGAAGGGCUCACGUGGUUAGGAAACGGAAACGAAUUACUGGUGUCUAUUGACAAAGACGGGAAGCAGAAGGAUACGGUUUGUCUGGGAGAAGGAGAAAUUAAAUAUCAUACGUUCACAGAGGAAGGAGAUCUGCUCUUCAUCUACAGGAACAGCCUCAUGAGAUUUGUCAAGAGGCAGUUACGUCCCUUUAUUAUGUAUUUUUCCGAUGGAUUUGUGGCUACUUGCGUCGCUUGCUCUGUACAUACGGGUGAUGUUUUUACUGGACUUCAAAAUAAAGAUAAACAAUGUUCAAAGGUGGCAAGAUUUAGCAAAAUUGGAAAAGAGCUUCAAGUUUAUGAAAGAGAUUCAAAAGUAGGUGUGCUCUUUAAAUCGCCAGUGCAUUUAGCAACCAUGAAAAACGAAGAUAUCUGCAUAUGCGAUUCCGAGAAGGGUGUGGUGAUCAUUGAUAUCACUGGAAACCACCUCUUUACCUACCCAAUAAACAAUCCGACAGGUCUGACGGUAGAUAAGGGCGAUAAUAUCCUUGUUUGUGAUGGAAGUGAAACAAUACACGUUAUUACAGCAGAGGGACAGUUGCGGCGGAAGUUAUGUGUCGGUAGAAAAGGAGUAGCGGCCGUAGGAGUCGACAUGCAUUCUGCUUUACUAAUUGGCUACCAGACAUCAAGUAUUGUUGAAGUUUAUCGAUACUAAGUGCCAUAUAUGACAAACACAUGUGCAGUUAUAGUAUUAAUUUUUG